CACGUCUUUCCCAAUGAGCUGGUGCUUGAGGUCGCAUCAUACCUUGACACUCAGUCGCUGAGUAGGCUCUCUAAUGUAAACUGGCGAUACUGGAACUUACUCGAAGGCGAUCUGCUCAAGCGCGCAACAAAAGAUGACCUCCGGCCGGCUUGCCUCAAGUUCAACAUGGAAGUCGUAUGAUGCCUUUUCGAACACAACCUUAUCGGCAUCCUUUCAUCGCGGGGCCUCUGGAACGCAUUCGAAUUCUUUUCCUUAGAAUAGCGCGACCUCUACAACGGUGGACAUUUUAGACGAAACAGGAGAAACUGGAAGAACUGGGAUGCAUUUCUCGAAAUCAGUUCUUUGUUCGUCGCCAAAGCGAUUGAAAAUUGAUGGCAAACAAUAUCCAGGUAUGGUUCAGGUCCAUUACAUGGGUCCAGCCGAAUUCCUGCGCUGCGUCAUAUCGUGCACGCUCCAGUCCCGAAUUAGGGGUCAUGACGGUUCGAAAACAAAGAAGCUGAUCAAACAGCUUUUGGCAUGUGGCAAAUUUUGCAGUGCGACGUCCUUUCAUCAGGUGAUAGUGGAGGAGAGGAACCAAGAGUCUGAUAAGAUCCCACUAAUCCGCAUGCUCCUAGAUGCAGGGGCGGAUCCAAACAUGUGGUGGGAAAGCAAUUUCAGCAACGUUAGGAACAUGUACCGGCCACUCAUGAUGGCUGUAUGGCGAAAGCAUUUGAAUAUAGCCACAAUGCUGAUCGAAUCCGGCGCCGUUAUCCGCGGACACGACAUCUGGGAUGGCGUUCCCACUAGCCCCCUUGCCAAAGCCUUAGAGAACAAGUCCGAGAUCGAUUUCAUUCGAAAACUGUUGGAGCUCGGAGCUGACCCGAAUUUCGUCUGGUCCGAUUGGCGGGAGGUGAAAUACCGAAUUCUAGAUACUCUAUUCGGGAACGGGUACGCGUGUUACUAUUAUCGGAGCCCGGAACAGCUCGCUGCAGUCAUCAGCCUGCUGUUAGGAUAUGGUGCUGACCAGGAGAAGACGAUCCCAGGCCAGGAGGACAAGGAAGACUUGAUGCGGCGACAUAUUCAUUCUCGCUCCUUCGAUACUACUUGUCAACAGCUGGAGAAAGAUCCUCUUGCCCUCGCUAUGGUUGCGUUGGACAAUAAACUUCCUGGACUAGUGCCCAGAGUAUACAUUUUCUAAACACCGAAAAAGCUGUCCAAAACAUGCAGGACAUACUGAAAAUUCCGAGAACAGGCAAGAACCUCCCUACGCUACUAGACAAGUGGAAAUGUAUGGAGGAUAACUGGAAAGUGUUCAAAGCUGUUCCGGACACCUUCGCACCGGACUAGCUUCCUAUUGUGAUGGGAUAUCAUCAGUUCUGGGACAAGUACCACGGCGAGGUUGAGCAGUUUCUGGCUCAUGAUUGGCCUUCUA